ACUAUUAAUCUCCCUUAUUUAAACACCCAACAUGCAACGGACGAAAACCAAACCAACCCAACAAGCCUACAAUCAUUCCCUUCUCAAAAAUUCCACUUCUCUGACUGAGAAGUCACUGGCAAUCUCUUUCCCCAAGCAUUUUGAGUGUCUCUUUCUCUCUCUCUCUCUCCCUCUCCCUCUCAGAGGCAUUAAAGCAAACACCUUCCUUUCUUUUUUCAGUUCCAAUUAUACAGAAACUGAAACCAGCCAUGGACUUCUUCAACAACUCGUCAAAAGCAAACACCUCCCCUUCUUCUUCAUCAAAGACCAAAAGAAAGCAACAAAACCAGCAAACCCAACAACCUCAGCAGCAGCAGCAGCAGCAGCAGGAGACGAGGUUUCUGGGAGUGAGAAGAAGGCCGUGGGGCAGAUAUGCGGCGGAGAUAAGAGACCCUUCGACCAAAGAGAGGCAUUGGCUCGGAACAUUCGACACCGCCGAGGAGGCCGCCUUGGCCUACGACCGAGCUGCUCGCUCCAUGCGCGGCUCCAAGGCUCGAACCAACUUUGUCUACUCGGACAUGCCGCAUGGCUCGUCUGUCACCUCCAUUAUCUCACCCGACGAAUCACAGCAUGACAUGUCAGCCUUCUUCGCUACCCCACUCCAGCCCCAGCCCCAAACGACCAAUCACCAGCAGUCGUUCUUUACUCAGGACCCAUUUGACGCAUACCCCUAUUCUGGCGGGUCAUCGGGCGGGUUCGGAAGCGGGUCUUACGGGCCAGUUUCGGGUGGUGAUGAACCCGGGUCUGGGUCUGGGUCUGGGUCUCAGUCUCACACUGAGCUACCACCUUUGCCUCCAUGUGUUUCUUCUACUUGUUACGGGCCUGACGGCGUUAUGGGCUCUGAUAUGGAUAUGGGUUAUUUCGGGUUUUCGGAGCCCACAACAAAUAAUGGGCUUGAUCCAAUGAUGAGUGGAUCCUACAUGGGCUUUGACUCGAACGAGUUUGUGCAGCACAGUCCACUGUUUGGGAGCAUGCCACCGGUUUCGGAUGCGGGUAUUGAUGGGUUUGAUUUGGGUUCAUCAUCUGCCUAUUUCUAUUGACUUGUUUUUAGAAAACCCAUCUAAUCUUCAAGUGUGCUAUUUUCUUUUUUUCUACUUUUUUUUUGUUUUUUGGGAUCAAGUUGUUUUUGUUUUGUGAUGGGCAAAAGAUAACGUUUGCCUUGAUGAUAUUGUAAUGGGUAUGCUCUUUAUAUUGCAAGAAAUUUGAGCUUCUCAGAGAGUGUAAAUGUUGAAUGGUUUGGUUGGUAAACUAUGUUCUCGUGCAUGGUACAUUAGUUCACACGCACAUUGACCCAGAAAAAAAAAAAAGGAAAACCAAUGAGGAAUAAGUUAGUUGAGCAAAUAAAAGUAAGAAUGAGAUUAGGGGAACGGAUCAACUAUUCUCAAGCGUCAAUAACUAAAGAACGAUAUAGCGGUGGAUUAACACGCCCAAUAUUAAAAGAAAAUCAAUGUCAUAAGUGAUAUUACCCUUUUCUUUUCUUUAUUAAUGCUUCUGAAUCCUCGAAGGCAGAUCCACACUA